GAAAGGCUUUCGUGAGAUGGAUCAUCGCGUUUUCUUUUCUUCGAGGACGGCGCAGGAUUUGAGGGCAUCUAAAAAUGGCCUGUAGUGGUGGUGGUAGUCCAGGUCGAAAUUGAGAUUGAAACAUUUUUCUUGUUCAAUCUCUUUUCCCCUGACGCUCAUGAACUCAAGCAGUAUACUCUCUCCUUAACCGUAUUCCUUCCAUCUCUUCAGUAGCUUGAACUGAAACCGAUGUGGGCUUUUUUCUUCUAAUCUCUCAAAAGUCUAAAUAACGGCCUUUUGCUUGUCAAUCACAACAAAUGUCUCUCUCCGACCACGAUUCACCGAAACUGGAGGGCUCUCCUGCCACUGCAAAUUCUCCUACUCCUCAUUCUGCAGAAAGGUCGACGUCGUCGGCCCCUAGUGCGUCUUCAUCUAAAACGUCUACUCCUCCACCAGUGGCUCCUACAAAUUCGAGAAAGCAGAGUGCAGCGGGUGUUGCCAUCCAGUUUAUAGGACAUCUCCCUGUUGCUCGGGAGGAUGCCUUAAAAACGUUCACCGAGAUUCCUAACAACUGCUACCAGUAUAAAACUCUGGGCCGUGUUAGAGAGCUCGAAGAGAGUAUGACUUGUGACUGUACAUUUGAACCAGAGUACGAUAACCCAGAACUUGCCUGUGGGGCUAGUUCUGAUUGCAUAAAUCGACUAACACAAAUUGAGUGUCUUGCUGGAUACUGUAGGUGUGGAGAACAUUGUUUGAACCAGCGGUUUCAAAAGAAGAACUAUGCACCCAUCGAGAUCGUCUUGACGGAUAAGAAGGGAUUUGGGCUUAGGGCAGAAGAUGACAUCCUCAAGGACUCAUUUAUCUACGAAUACGUCGGAGAUGUUGUCAAUAACGUUUCAUUCAAGAAGCGCAUGCGAGAUUAUGCCACUGAAGGCAUUAAACACUUUUAUUUUAUGAUGUUGCAGAAAGACGAGUUCAUCGACGCAACGAAGUCCGGAGGAAUUGGUCGUUUCGCCAAUCAUAGCUGUAAACCUAACUGCUACGUGGCAAAAUGGACGGUAGACCAGCAUGUUCGUAUGGGCAUAUUUGCGAAGAGGAAUAUCCGAAAGGACGAAGAGCUCACAUUCAACUAUAACGUCGAUCGUUAUGGUCAUCAAGCACAAGUCUGUUACUGUGGUGAACCAAAUUGCGUCGGCUUCAUCGGUGGAAAAACCCAGACUGAGACGGAUAUAUCGACUAUGGAUGAGUUGUAUCUCGACGCACUCGGUAUUACGGACGAUGACGAGCUUCAGGAGUACAAGGGAACCAAGAAGAAGAAGGGAAAGAAGAUUGACGAUCCUGACUUUAUGCCAACCAUGAAGCCUGUCACCGAGAAAGAAGUUCCCAAGGUCGUACAAGCAAUACGGCAGACUCAGAGCAAAAAGAUGCUGUUCAAACUUUUGUCGCGCCUGAAGAUUACACAGGAACAGUCAGCUUUACGCCAGGUGAUGCGGCUGCGUGGGUACAGUCUUAUGAAAAAUAUUCUAGAAGAUUACAUGAAGGAUACGGACAUUCUUGGAUUAGCUAUGGAGUGCAUGUUUUCAUGGCCUCUCAUUGCUAGGAACAAAGUCGAAGAUUCGCAGGUGUCAGUUCCGGUGAGGCAUUGCAUGGGCUCUGAGAACGAAAGUGUUAAAACAUGGGCGGAGAAGCUCAUUUCACAUUGGGAGUCUCUGGAGCUGAGUUACCGAAUACCACGCUUACCGAAACAAAACAUCGAAUUGUCUAUAAAGCCAGUGGAAGAAGAAGAAAAACCUCCAAUAAUUCCACUACCAUUGCAGCCGCCUAAUCAACCCCGCAACCACCGUUCUUCUUCAACUUGGGACGAUGGUCAAUGGCGUGCACCCAAGCGACCACGUAUGGCGCCUGUAAUUAUCGUUAAGGCUGAAGACCCUCCGCCUGUUGUUCAGGGCCCCUCCAUUAGCGAGAUUCGUGCAAUUCAAAACGCAGAGUUGGAAGCCAUUAUCGCAGCAGCCAAGGCGGAAAAAGCAGAGGCCGAAUCCAAAGCUGAGGCUGAGGCAAAAGCGGAGGAAGAAAGACGGCAGAGGAAGGAGAGGGCAAAGGCGGAAGGUAGUAGUAGUAAUGGGAAAAAGCGGCAUCGCGAUCGGGAAAAGGCAAAGAAAGAGAGGCGGUCAGAAAAGGACGCCAAUAAGGAAGUGCUCAAGGAAAAGAGGCUGAUGAAGCUCAUCAGUCCUAUAGUCGUGAAGUCUAUGUCCAAGCAUGCAUCCGCUCUUGGACACGACCGGUUCAAACGACAUGCUAAGGAGUUGACACAAAAGGUCGCUGAACGCGAAAAGAAAUCUUCCGCGUACCAACAGAACAAACUGGACAACCUCUCCGAUGACAAGGUCGCAAAGAUCAAAAAGUAUGCCAAGGAGUACAUUGAUAAGUUACUACAUAGAAUGGACAAGGAGCAAGGUCACAGAAAACCUUCUUCGUCUGCCUCGGCCUCUGUAUCGGCUGCAUCGACUACACCCUCAGGGCUUGUUGGAUCGCCAUCUUCAGCAAUAGGAACACCCACCUCCACAACUCUCCCAGUUGAUCUAGCCGCGGUUGCUCUCGAUGACGCCAUGGACAUGGACACAGAUUCUGAAUUGGAUGAAGGUGAAGGUGAUUAUGAUCAAGAGGAUGAUAAUGUUGACAUGGCUGGUGAUGAGGAUGGAUUUCGCAUAGAAGGGCAACUUCAAAAUGGGUUGUACUCAGAAGGAGUUCGAAAUGAUCCCAGCAUCGGGAGUGUAGAAAUGGAGGACAUGCAAGCAAUGCGUCCAAAUGGACAACAGUCGCUGGAGCCGUCGAUGGUAUCAUGAGGCCCUCCGAUGUACAAGUUCGACCCGAAAACUUUCAAUGUUUCAUUAUGUAGUGGGCUGUAUAAUUUAUGUUGAGGACUAAGCGGCAGACUGGCGGCAGAUGAGGAUGUUGAGACUUGGGCC